CGGGCACACUGGACGAGCCGAAGGCGUUCGGCGAAAUGCCUCUCCCCGAGAGCGCGCUGUGUACCUGAUCCUCUUGGCUCUGUGAGAACCCUGUCGUCGUCGACGAGGUAACAGUGCUUCUUGACAACGGAAAUCUUGUAAUAAGAGACCGAGUAAACAGUUCCAUGGUGGUUUGGCAGAGUUUUGAUAACCCGACUGAUGUACUGCUCUCUGGAGGAUACCUGGGAUUCAAUAAAAUCAAUGGCAACAUCAACAGUCUUGGUAUACAUUUUAAUCUGUCAUUCGAUGCAACUAGAAGGAGAGGUUUUAUUAUCCAGUAUCCUGAAGGUCGGAGGUUUGCUGGUGCCUUCCCUGAAUGGAUGGAUAUUCUCGAAGAUGGAAACUAUACGCUAAUAUUCAAUGACACAUAUACAUACAUACGUUUAGAUGAUACUAGUUUUGUUAGAUUCGGUAAGCAAGGGGACUGUGAUUCUAUUUUAUGGUCUGCCCCAGAAAGUUUAUGUGAUUAUGAUCCAUAUUGUGGACCUUACAGCCUUUGCACGUUGUCUGGCUCUGGCUCUUGUAUAUGCCCUGUUGGUUUUAAUUCAGUGUCGACAGAUGCAUGGAUUACUGCUGGUUGUUCGAGAAAUGACUCUCUGAAUUGUGAAAAUGUGGAAGUGACAUUUUAUCCAAUAGAUGGCAUCCAUAGAUAUCCCCUGGAAGCUUUCGCGUUGGAAGUUACAAACAUGAGUGAGUGUGAAUCCGCUUGCUUAAGGGAUUGUACCUGUACUGCCUUUGCUUACAAUGCAAGUUGCUUGCUAUGGUUUUCGGAGCUGCGGAAUACAAUAGUGCUCGACUCUGGUCUAAAUGGCAUCCGUAUGUACGUACGUACGGCAGCCAGACAACAGUCAGGUUCUGGAACCGUUCCUCCGUUUUCUUUCUGGAAAAGAGUGCCUCUUGAAUGGAUGAUCGGUGUGAUAACCCUUAUUGUUAUUUCUCUGAUUCUUUUGUUGAGAUGCAGAAGCAAACCUUACAGUGCUAGAACUGUGGGUGACCAUGGAAGUCUUGUGGUAUUCUCGUUUGCGCAAAUAAAGAACUCCACCAAAAGAUUCUCUGAAAAACUUGGCGAAGGAGGAUUUGGCUGCGUUUUCAAAGGGAUGUUGCCAGGCUGCACUCCUGUGGCUGUCAAGAAGCUAAAAGACCACAGACAGGACGAGAAGCAGUUUCGAGCCGAGGUGCGGACCAUAGAAUUAUGUCCUAAGAUUGCAGAUUUCGGCAUGGCAAAGCUUCUUGGCCGAGAUUACAGCAGGGUACUGACAACAGUGCGAGGGACCAUAGGAUACCUUGCGCCGGAGUGGAUCUCAGGGCUACCGAUAACACACAAGGCCGAUGUCUACAGCUUUGGAAUGAUUCUCCUGGAAAUCCUAUCUGGGCGAAGGAAUUCGGAGAAGAUUGAAGAGGGGAGGUUUACUUACUUCCCUUCCUAUGUCGCGGUCAAGUUGAGCGAAGGAGACGAUGUCAUGUGGCUGCUGGAUAGUAGUCUGGAGAGCAAUGCUGAUGCAGAGCAGCUACAGAGAGCCUGCAGAGUUGCAUGCUGGUGCAUUCAGGAUGCUGAAGAUCACAGGCCGAUGAUGGGGCAGGCUGUGCACAUGCUGGAAGGUGCCAUGGAUGCUCAAGUCCCUCCUGUUCCAAGGUCACUGCAAAACUAUGUCGGCGUGGAGGAUUCUACCACUGCAGAAUUUUACAUCUCUGAAGGCUCGUGCUAGUCCAGUGUGAGCCUGCCCUUUUGUUCUUUGUACUGCUUCGGAACUGAAUCUAAGCGGAACACACAGUUGCUGUGUACUGCAGUUUUACUCACUAGUGAACUAUUUUAAGAAUAUAAGUACUGCAACCCUCACAUUUCCUGAUUAACUGCUUCAAAUGUUGGUCAGACAUCAUAGGAAUUUUGAUGUACUUCAA